AUGGCGGCGGCGGUGGAGGAUUUGAUGGGAGGUUUGGAGAAAAUGAAGGAGGUGUACGUGACCUCUAUAUUCCGCCUCCCUCCGAAACUGGGCGGCGUGCUGUUCGGGAUCUACAGCAGAGACGACGGCAAGAGAUACCUGGAGAUCACCGCCAUCGGCAAAAUCACUAAAGUAAGAUAUUUGCGCUCUGAUGGGAAGCUCCACUCAGUGAACCUGCGUAACCCCGCCCUCUCGGAUGGGCGGAGCCAGUCACUCAUUCUCAGAGUGGGCGGACUCAGACAGAGCCACAUCAGCUUCGAGCUCUACAUUAACUGCCGCCUGACCGAUUCCGCCCACGGGCUGCCCUCAUUGGCCAGGCUGCCCGCGAAGGUGGAGUCGGUGGAGGUCCGUAGCGGAGAAAGGAACUUCGCCAGGAUGCAGGGUUCAGUGGAGGCUCUAAAGCUGGCCCUCGGUGGUUCUCUCCCUAAAGCUGGUCUCCUCACUGACUGCUCACUGCAGGGAGACUCAACACUACACAACACAGUGGGCAGUGACGUUAACGGCAUACUGGGUGAUCACACUAAGGCUCUGAUUGGUCAGCUGAUCAUCUUUAAUCAGAUCAUGGGCGAUCUGAGAGAGGACAUCAGGGAGAUGACCAAGGAGAUGUCUUUAAUCAGGAACACUAUUCUGGAGUGCCAAGUGUGUGGUUUCCAUGAGCCUCAGUCUCGUUGUCAGUCUAACCCGUGUUAUGACGGUGUCGCGUGUGUCGAUGUGUUGGAGUUUCCGGGGUAUCGGUGCAGCUCGUGUCCUGCAGGCACUACAGGCAAUGGCACACACUGCCAGGACAUCAAUGAGUGUGCAGCACAGCCGUGUUUCUCUCCUCACAUGUGUGUGAACAGUGUUAAGGGGUUCCGCUGUGAGCCGUGUCCUCCGGGGUUCUCCGGUCCUGAGUUGAGUGGAGUCGGCAUGGAGUUCGCCCAGAACCACAGACAGGAGUGUGUGGACGUAGACGAGUGUGCGGCUCAGACCGCCGCCUGCGUCUCCGACUCCGUCUGCAUCAACACUCCGGGUUCGUUUCAGUGUGGUCAGUGUAAAGCGGGUUUUGUGGGGAAUCAGACAUCGGGCUGUUUCCUCAGGAGGACGUGCGCUGUGCUCGGAUACGACCCGUGCGAUGUCAAUGCUCACUGCGUGCUGGAGCGCAGCAGUGACGUGUCCUGUGUGUGUGACGUGGGAUUUGCGGGGAACGGGAAUAUCUGCGGCGUCGACUCUGACCUCGAUGGCUAUCCAGACGAAGCGCUUCCCUGCAUCGAUAACGAUAAACACUGCCGAGCGGAUAACUGUGGCGCCACGCCGAACUCUGGUCAGGAGGACACGGACGGUGAUGGCGUCGGAGAUCAGUGUGACGCGGACGCAGACGGAGAUGGAAUAAAGAACAUGGAGGAUAAUUGUCGUCUGGUGCCCAAUAAGGACCAGCAGAACUCCGACACAGACUCGUACGGCGACGCGUGUGAUAACUGUCCGAACGUCCCUAAUGGAGAUCAGCGGGACACGGACGGUAACGGUGUGGGAGACAGCUGUGAUAGCGACAUCGAUGGAGAUGGAAUCCCCAACAUGCUGGAUAACUGCCCGAAAAUCCCCAAUGCCAUGCAGACAGACCGGGAUGACGACGGAGUCGGAGACGUGUGUGACAGCUGUCCUGAGGUCAACGACCCCACUCAGUCGGAUAUUGAUAACGACUUGGUGGGAGACAUCUGCGAUACGAACCAGGACACAGAUGGGGACGGUCUCCAGGACACGAGGGACAACUGUCCCGAAAUCCCCAACAGCUCUCAGGUGGACUCCGAUAACGACGGCAUCGGGGAUGAUUGUGACGACGACGACGACAACGAUGGAGUUCCGGAUGCUUCUUAUCCCGGGCCUGAUAACUGCAGACUCGUCCCAAAUCCUAACCAGAGAGACUCGGACGCUGACGGAGUGGGUGAUGUGUGUCAGGGCGACUUUGAUAACGAUAAAGUGAGCGACGAGAUGGAUGCCUGUCCCGAAAACGCUGACAUCACCAUGACGGACUUCCGAGCCUUCCAGACGGUCAUCCUGGACCCGCUCGGGGAUUCCCAGAUCGACCCGAACUGGGUGGUGCUGAAUCAGGGGAUGGAGAUCAUACAGACGAUGAACAGUGACCCUGGUUUGGCUGUGGGCUACACGGCAUUCAACGGUGUUGAUUUCGAGGGCACGUUUCACGUGAACACGAUGAGUGACGAUGACUACGUGGGCUUCAUCUUCUCCUACCAGGACUCGUCCAGCUUCUACGUGGUGAUGUGGAAGCAGACGGAGCAGACGUACUGGCAAAACCUGCCGUUCACAGCACAGGCUGAACCUGGUCUGCAGCUGAAGGCAGUGAAGUCUCGCACCGGGCCGGGUGAGUAUCUGCGUAACGCGCUGUGGCACACCGGCGACACACACGGAGAGGUGACGCUGCUCUGGAAGGAUCCGAGGAAUGUGGGAUGGAGCGAUAAAACAUCGUAUCGCUGGAGCCUCAGCCAUCGGCCGCAGGUCGGCUACAUCAGAGUGCGUCUGUAUGAAGGCACUGCUCUGGUCGCUGACUCCGGUGUGGUGAUUGACAGCUCGAUGAAAGGAGGACGUCUGGGUGUUUUCUGCUUCUCACAGGAGAACAUUAUCUGGUCCAAUCUGGGUUAUCGCUGUAACGAUGCAAUCCCGGAUGAUUUUUACCUCUACCACAGACAGAUGAACCUCAGGACGGGAGCGUAGAAGAGCGCUCAUGACUUUAAUCACUGCAUCAUGCAACCUGAAGUAACCACAGUCUGCUGUGUGUGUGUGUGUGUGUGUGUGUGUGUGCUAGUGUUGUGUUGGAGUUCUUGUCUCUCUGUAUCUGGACAGUGUUUGUUUUUUUUUUCUAAAUAAACGAUUGUGUACUAACUACGUGUCUGUAUGAAACUCCAGUAUUUAGUCCAGAGAGGCUCACACUGACGAGCAUCAGGAGUAUGCUGAUGUCACGUAAUUAAUGUUAUGCGGUGAAAACCUCCGUGAAAAACACGACCGCUCCACAAAUACAGUACACUGAGCAACACCGAGCACUAGAGGUGUGUAUCCCUGCUGGUGAAAGUCACCCACAACUUGUACGGCCGUCGUUUUUAUAGUAAAUAAUGCGUUUCUGUUAGCGACAGUUUUACCUUCAAGCAGAUUCUCUGAAUCCUCAGAACUACAGGCUCCGCCCUCUUCCCCUGCUAAACCAAUGGAAUGGCAGGAUGUGCAUAUUAUAAUAUGACAGGGUUUUAUAUUUUAUAACAAAAUAUAAUUUGUCUGCUACAACAUACUCAGAUGAGAAGUUGUUCUUUCUGUUUGUUUUGUUUUGUUUUGUUUUGUCCCCAUGCUCAAGAUAAAUAUGAAUGAAAUAUGAUGAGUUAAAUGAGAUUAAAACAGUUGAGUAUAAUACAGUGUAGAGCUGUUUCACCUUUACAGUUGGACUUUUAACAGAAACCUAUUCAUUCACUCCAAUGUUUACUUAUUAUUAUGGUGCUACGUCCACUUCCUAAUCCAUGAGUGUGUGUUUGUGUGUGUGUGUGUGUGUGUGUGUGUGUGUGUGUGUGUGUGUGUGUGUGUGUGUGACUAACACAGCAUGCACUCAUGUCAUGGAUUUGUUCAACUGUAAUUUACAACCCUGUUUAUAAAUAAAAGUUUUAAAAAAUACUAUUAAUGUUUGUCUGAAUUGGUAUUGUGAAAUAUGUAAGGAGGAAAACACUACGGGGUCGUGCCGUUAUAGGAAAAUAAUCAAUGAUGGGUGCGCGAUGCAAAGCAGAGUUACUGUUACCA